AUGAAACUGUGGACUUGUACCUGGGUGUCUUGCCUGCUCACUCUCCUCCUCUGCUUCGGUUCUGAAUGUGGAUCUCUGCGCUUCAAAGGGAGAUCCAAGCGGGAGCUGGUCCGCGUCAGGGAGUCCAGAGCCACGGUCCCGGGCGCCUGUGCCACUCGCCUGCCCCGGGGCAAGCGGUCGGUGCCUCCCGCGGUGGAGAGGAGGCUCGGGCGGCAGCAGCGACGCACCUCUCAGGCCGUGUCCAACUCUCUGGAGCGCGGCAGCAACGCGGUCUACUUCACCGGGAGAGGGGACCAACUGCGCCUCAAGCCGGGAGUGGAGAUACCCAGAGGAAAUUUCACUCUGGAGCUUUGGAUCAAGCCCGAGGGAGGUCAGAGAUCCCCCGCGGUCAUAGCAGAGAGAGCAGUGUGGGGGGUCUGUGGGGUGGGGUGGGGGGGGGUGAGGAGGAGUGAGGUUGGGGGGUCUGUGAGGGAGGGAGGGAGGGAGGGAGGGGGGGGGGGGCGGUCUGGGGGCUGCAGCUGA